GCAGAAGGAGGGGCUGAGCGCCUGGGGGAGCCGCAGCUGUUUGUCCGGGGGAGACGGGACGGAUCGCUGAGGAGCCAGGAGCUCUGAGCUCUGGCACUGGCCACCGGCUGCGUGGAGCCCCUGCCCGCCCCCGCCCACAGCGUCCCCGCUCACCGCCCCCGCCCAGCCAUGACGAGCAGAGGCCCGGCCCGGCCCAACGGGCAGCCCCAGGCCAGCAAGAUCUGCCAGUUCAAGCUGGUGUUGCUGGGCGAGUCGGCCGUGGGCAAGUCCAGCGUCGUCCUGCGCUUCGUCAAGGGCCAGUUCCACGAGUACCAGGAGAGCACCAUUGGGGCGGCGUUCCUCACCCAGUCGGUCUGCCUGGACGACACCACGGUCAAGUUUGAGAUCUGGGACACGGCGGGGCAGGAGCGCUACCACAGCCUGGCGCCCAUGUACUACCGCGGGGCCCAGGCCGCCAUCGUCGUCUACGACAUCACCAACCAGGAAACUUUCGCCCGGGCGAAGACAUGGGUGAAGGAGCUGCAGCGUCAGGCCAGCCCCAGCAUCGUCAUCGCGUUGGCCGGGAACAAGGCCGACCUGGCCAGCAAGCGCAUGGUGGAGUACGAGGAGGCCCAGGCGUACGCCGAUGACAAUAGUUUAUUGUUCAUGGAGACCUCGGCCAAGACGGCCAUGAACAUCAACGACCUCUUCCUGGCCAUCGCUAAGAAGCUUCCGAAGAGCGAGCCCCCGGCCCUGGGAGCCGGGCCGGGCCGGAGCCGGGGCGUGGACCUGCACGAACAACCGCAGCAGAGCAAGAGCCAGUGCUGUAGCAACUGAGGGCCGGGCCGCGGGAGGACCCACAGGGGGGGCGGCCGGCGAGCCGGGGGGGGGCGGCCACAGUGCUGAGAC